AUGUCAAAUUAUACUAAUGUUCCUUAACAUAACUUUUUGAACAAACAAUACUCACGUCUAUCACCUAAUUCUACAGAAUGGGCUCGCAUUGAAUAUUUAUUGCAGUUGUCAUCCGGUUACACAUCGGCAACAGUCAAAAAUAUUUGGACUAUUACAAAUCCUCACAUGACAUAAACUUUUGAAAAAGCAAGCAAAGGACUGCUAACAUUGGAUUCUUGGUUGGAGAUUUCUUUGCUAGACGAAAAUAAUAGGAUGGAAAAAGUUUGUACCAAAGGAUUUGAAUUCCCAUAGACUGGACUUCGUUUUCCAACUGGACACAUUAAAUUAUAGGAUAACAUACAACCUGGUAGAGUUUAUGAGUUAUUGCUAUUAAAGAUUGCAGUUGGUAAAUCCUAUUGUCUUCCAGAUAAAACCUCGAUGAAGGAUAAAUAUAAAUUAAUUUAAGGAUUCGAUAGCAUCUACUUAUAUAAUGAAGACGAGGAUUCCAUGACAGGCACAUUUAAACAUGACUAUGUAUUGUUCGAUAAUGGGAGAGUAUUGCCAUGUUAUGUUGUAUAAUUCGAGUUUGAUUAGAAAAAGGAAGACAAUUUGAAUUCUCCUUUUUGUGAUAUUUGUAAUGAUAAUACAGCAACCAUAUAUUGUAAAGCAGAUGAUAUGAAUUUAUGUUAUGACUGCGAUGAAGAACAUCAUCUAAAAGGGGGUAAAUUGGUAUCAAAGCAUCAGAGAAUCCCUAUAAAUGAAAAACCAAAAACAUUCGGCAAUUGUUAAUAACAUCCUGACCAGAAGUUGGAGUUAUUUUGCACAAUUGAUAGAACUCCCCUUUGUUUAUAUUGUAAAAUAGGUGGAUCUCAUUCUUCAGGGGAGAGUGCAAAUCAUCCUCUGGUCAAGAUCUCAGAUGCAUAUAUGAAAUCCUUAGUUGAAUCCAAAGACAUUGAUCCAUUGAUAGAGAAACGAAAGAAUCAAUUGGCAGAAUAUCUAUAACAAAUAGAUUAUAGCAUCAAAGAAGUUAACAAAAAUGCUUCAAUCAUUGAAGGCAGGAUUUAUCAAGUGUUACAAGAGGCUCUCUUAUAAUUGCAGGAAGAAACCUAAAAGAAAAUGAGUUACUUGGUUGGUGAUCAAUUAGAAUUGAAGAGACAAUACGAUCAAAUAUAAUGGCUGGAAUCAUUUCUCAAGUACUAGCAAGAAGUAUUGACACCUGCUGAUUAUCUUAAUGCUUGGUCAAGACACAUAGGACUUAGGAAUGAAAUACUCAAUAUUUCUAAUGUUCCAUAAUUAACAAUCGUUGAACCUGAUUUGCGACUAGAAGGCAAGUUAAGUGUAGUAAGCGAUUCAGUUUAAUUUAAAGAUACCAAGGAAUAACAAGAUGAAUAAGACUAUAUUGAUUAAAACUCACUCAUUGGCACAACCAGAUUUAGAUCCAAUAUUUUUGGCAAACAUUAAGUAAGUGAUAAGAAUCAAAGACUGAUGAAAACCAUUAUUCAGUAGAAUGUGUAGAAGGAGAGUCAAGGACCUUAACUACUGUUGUUGCAAUAAAAGCAGAAGUUGUAGCAAUAGGCUCAAGCAUCAAGGGUUUUCCAAUAGUUAUAAAAUGACACUAUUUAAGAGAGCUAAAUUAAUGAUUCCUAAAAUAGCUCAUUUGCACAAUGA